CUGAUAUAAUCAAAUCUACUAAGAUUAUUCAUGUAGACACCCCUCCUUUAAAAGGCAACCCAAAUAUGGUUGAAUCUCAUAAGGAAGCUCGUAAAGCCUCUCGCCAAAAAUUGAUAGCACACUUAAAUAAUUGUCAAGGUGUUUACCAUCCGAGUAAUUUACACACUUUCGAGGAGCGGGUGUGGAACUAUUUACCUGAGGAGGUAAAGAUAAAAAGAAAAUUAGAGAAGGAAAAAAGACGGAGGGAAGAGGCAGAAAGAAAAUUAGAGAAGGAAGAAAGACGGAGGGAAGAGGAAGAAAGAAAAUUAGAGAUGAAAGAAAGACGGAGGGAAGAGGAAGAAAGAAAAUUAGAGAUGAAAGAAAGACGGAGGGAAGAGGCAGAAAGAAAAUUAGAGAUGAAAGAAAGACGGAGGGAAGAGGCAGAAAGACGGAGGGGAGAGGCAGAAAGACGGAGGGAAGAGGCAGAAAGACGGAGGGAAGAGGCAGAAAGACGGAGGGAAGAGGCAGAAAGACGGAGGGAAGAGGCAGAAAGACGGAGGAAAGUGGAAGAAAGAUGGAGGGAAAAGGCAGAUAGAGAAUUAGAUUGA